CAUGGAAUAAAAUAGAAUUUAUACUGUUUUAAAUAUAGAAUUCUAAUUGAACAAUGAAUAGUCUUAUAUAUUCUUCUUGGUUUAUUACAUUAUUCUCAUUGAUUUCUAUAGUUCUCCUUCACAAUAUUAAACCAUGGUUUGAUUUUUUGUAUUUUAAAACUUAUAUUUCUAGGCUAUGUGCAUUACAAUUGACUAUUAUAAGGAACAGGAAAAGAGAAACAAAUUAUUUGGAGCCUAGAAAAAUGUACAUUCUUGUUUAGUGUAAAUUCAAUUUACUUCAUUUUAUCAAUGGUAGUUGGCUGGAGUACAUGUAGACAGCAGGUUA